UUACAUGAAAAGAUUACCAGGUAUCAGUGAAGCAGCUAAGAUCUUUGCUGGAGUUGAUGUUACUAAAGAACCAGCACCAGUAUUGCCAACUGUUCAUUAUAAUAUGGGUGGAGUACCUACAAAUUUCAAAACAGAAGUGUUAAAUCAAGUUAAUGGAAAAGACUAAAUCGUUCCAGGACUAUUAGCUGCAGGUGAAGCUGCUUGUGCCUCAGUUCAUGGUGCAAAUAGAUUAGGAGCCAAUUCAUUAUUAGAUAUUGUUGUCUUUGGAAGAUAGGCAGCCAAUUUAGUUGGUGAAAAAUGGAAGCCUGGAUAGAAACAGCCAGAUCUUCCCAAGAAUGCUGGAGAAGCUGCCAUCCCUAACCGACCUACUUGGGAUAACUUAGAUAAACUAUUGCUUAAGUUAGAAAGGAUUUAUAAGAGAACCAUGUAGAAACAUGCAGCUGUGUUCAGAAUUGAAAAGACUUCAAUAAGAAGGUGUGGAAAAGGUUAAGGAAAUCUAUUCAAGAAAGGAUGAUGUUAGAAUUAAAGAUAAGGGAUUGGUUUGGAAUUCUGAUCUUGUUGAAGGAUUAGAAUUAGAGAACUUAUUAUUAUAAGGAAAAAUGACCAUCGAAGGAGCACUUAAUAGAAAGGAAUCCAGAGGUGCUCAUGCAAGAGAUGAUUUUCCAGACAGAGAUGAUAAAAAUUGGAUGAAACACACUCUCGCUAGAAUUCAAGAUACUAAGUAAGGAGAUGUUCAAUUGACUUACAGAGAUGUCAUCACAAAAACUCAGGAUCCUAAAGAAUUCGACACUGUGCCACCUAAGAAGAGAGUCUAUUGAUAAUUAUACAAUAAAAUAUAUAUAAUAC